AGGAGACAAGUCAAGGUCGGAAUUACAACAAUCGAGACUGAUCCAUAGUUUCCAUGGAGACCGUCCGAAAGCGAGGCAGCUGGUAGAAUUCACUCAGUGUUUCCGCUUACCUCAAAUAAAGAACUGGCAAGCUGGGGAAGAGAACAACAGCGCUGACAGACGUCGAACCGCUACAAAAUUAUCACAAACUGUAUAUCGUCUGAAUUUCUAAACAUUCGCGUUAAUGUUCCGAAAGUGAGCAACAAGGGGAGGGCUUGCUGGCUGCCUUUACAUUGGUUAAUCUGUAGAGGACUCGAGCUGGUCGCGGGAGGAAAAGAUGAGCGAUGGAAUGGUAGCUUGCGAGACGAGAGCCCUCUCUUUAGCAUCCUCCUCUUCGUCAGCCCUCAGACUGGCUGCCUCCACCCUCCUCCUCCUCCUCAUCACCCUGGUGCCACAUGUCCAUGCGUCAGGCUGUUCUCGGCCGGCCGGGGUGCAGCAUGGGGACCUGAUGAACCUGACGGAGGCUAACCGGGGCUCCUUCCCCGCGGGCACGCUGCUGACGUACGGCUGUGAGCCGGGCUACGCCCCCGACGGCCCCACCUCCAUCACCUGCACCAGCUCCGGGGCCUGGUCCCAACUGCCGCCCCGCUGCAUCCGCACCAACGUGUGCAUGCCCCCCACCGAGCCGGAGAACGGAGGCUACCGCUGCCACCCGUCGCCAUGCCACCAGCUCUCCCAGAAGACGGUCAUCGAGUACUUCUGUGACGAGGGCUACGCCCUGAAGGGAGACUACAAGUUCCUCACCUGCCAGAACGGGGACUGGGACGCCCCCAUGCAGAUCAGCUGUCGCCUCAGCCAAGACAAGGAGCCUCGGUCUCCGCUGGCCAUGCCUGCUCUCUCCAUCGUGGCGUCCACCGCCAGCUCCGUAGCCCUCAUCCUGCUGCUGGUGGUCCUGUUUGUUCUGCUGCAGCCCAAACUCAAGUCCUUCCACCACAGCAGGAGGGAGCAAGGUGUGUCGGGCCAGCCAGCCUCCAUGGUGGUGGAGGGGGUCCAGGUGGCUCUCCCCUCCUACGAGGAGGCCGUGUACGGCAGUGGCGGGGGGGCGUCCCUGCCCCCUCCCCAGGAGUCCCGGGUCCAGAUCGUCCUCUCCGAGGGGCCCCAGGGUGCCGAGGGUGGGGAGGGCCCCAGCAGAGCUCCCCUCAAAGACACGGAAAUCUGCCUUCCCUCCACCUCCUCCUGUCACGCAGAGACGGUUCUGGUCCACCAGGCCCCCCCCUCCUCCUCCUCCUCCUCCUGGAUGGCAGACCACCCUGGGGGGGCGUGUGCCACGCCCCUGCCCCUCCGCAGGGACUCGGAGAGCAGCGACCAGCACAGCCUGCUCUCCGUCACCUCUGUGGACGACUUUUCUGACGAUAUUCCCCUGUUGAAAGAAGCCUGAAGCCCCUUCCAGCGUCUCCCUCCUCUCUGCUGAUAGUGACUGUGGCUCCUCCCCCUCCUCUCUGCUGAUAGUGUGACUGUGGCUCCUCCCCCCUCCUCUCCCCUGUGAACUACGACCCCCAGCAGCCACACUCCGUAUCAACAAGGAAGCCGGCUGUCCCCGGCCUCCAGCCCCCUCAGCUGGGACCUCUGAACGCAGCAAAGCAACUAUGUCACCCCCACCCCCCCUUCGCCCGAGUCCUCCACAUCUACUGCCCACGUCCAGGCCCCCCCUCCUCCCCCCCGGCCUCUCUCUCUGCCCCCUGUAGCCUGUAAUGCUGGCUCGUCCUCCACAUCUACUGCCCACGUCCAGGCCCCCCCUCCUCCCCCCCGGCCUCUCUCUCUGCCCCCUGUAGCCUGUAAUGCUGGCUCGUCCUCCCACAGGUCAGCAGGGCUGCUGCCCGCUUGACAACAGCUACAGGACUGGCCUCUUGACAGACUGCCAUUAAAGUGGUUAUGUAUAUGAGCAUCAAAGUCUAUAUGUAUAUGAGCAUACAUAACUCGAGUCAAGUUUGUUUGGGGUUUUUUGUACUGUAGGCUAUGUAUCACUGUACGUCGUACACACUUCAUGUGCAUCUCUGAACAAAGGCACUCACUAAGGCUUAUCUCCAAAUCACAACUAGCAAGACAAGAAUGACGAUGCAUUAUCCGAUUGAUGAUUGAUGAUUAAUGAUGAUGAUUGAUAAUGAUGAUUAAUGAUGGUGAUGGUGAUGAUACCGAUGGUGAAUCUUGCUCCUCAAGUGUUGAGGUAGAGCAGAAGGAGUGUUGAGGUGUGAGUGUUCCCCAGGGUCUGUGUGCUAGUCCUGUAUACUGCAUGUUCACUAAGCACUGGCUCAUACAGGCCUCUCCUAACCCAGCAUGAUCCCCUCUCCCUGCUGCAUGUGGGCAGACCAGGGUGGAGCGGGCACGCCUGCAGCCCCCCGCGGCUGCGCCAGCCCAGCACACGCCCCCGUAUCACCGCGGGGAUACAAGAAGCGCUUGUAUUUCUGUCACAAGACAUACUCGUUGUGAGAGGAUGCUCGCUGGGGGUGUGGCUGGACUGCUGGACUGUGUUGUAUAUCUGGCCUUCUCCCUGGACAUGCUGUCUGGCAGCAGGAACACAACUCGACUUUUCGACCAAAGAGGGCUGCGUCGCCUUCAGGUGUUUCCGUAUCAGGGAAGGGUCUUUUUUUUUCCACACACAGCAACAUGUUGUUUGGCACAGUCACCAACUUCAAUGCCGCUUUCCCCCCCCCCCUCCCCCCUCACACACACAAAGCUAAAAAAAAGAUUUUCAGCUACAAAUCUGUACCAUCAUUAUCAUUGACACUACUGCAACUGGUUGUAGUAAGCGAAUAUUGUUAACCCACCCUCCCUCCCUCCUCUCCCUUUUAUUAUAACGUUGAACAAGGACAGUUUUAUUUGAUGUCACAUCUGCUUACGGAACCUCUCUUCAUGCAUCAGAAAAUGAGGAUGGCGUUAUGGAUGUAGCAAACCCUGUGCUUGUUUAUAUUAGUUUGGCGCUUGUCACUGUGGCAAACAAAUGACGUUGAGGGUGCGUUCGUCAUAACUUUGAGUAGGCAACGUUUCUCUGGCUGUUUCCCCAUUUCGUUUGACUGUUAAUUAUUUGUGCAUCGUCAACGGCUACGUGAACGCAAACGGAGAAUGUUGCCUUACACCUGUUCGUCUAAAUAUUUUUAUUUCGUUUGUAAUCAUAAAUCCCUCUGUCUAUAUUGCUUUACGAUAUUGACUCGCGUUUUACUCUGUUCCCAAUGGCCUUACUUUAUAUUUUUUUUCUAUGCAUAAACUGUCUUAUGUUUUAUUUUUUUAUUUUUGGACACGAAGAUUGUCCAUCUCUUUUUUCCCUCCCCCAGAGGUUUCUCUUGCGACUGUGAUAUGGCAACGCCUAAAAACACCACCAAUUUCACAUUUUCUUACCUUGUUUUGCUGCAGUGGUUGCAUUUGAGGGAUGCAGAGUGGGAAAAAAAGCUUUUGAACUAAUUUUGCGUCCUAAGCACCGUUGUACGGUGCUGCUUCCCUGAAAAUAACAAAAAAUGAAAAAAAGUCCAUGUCUUGAUUCUGCAUUUCAAUGCUUUCAGUUUAUGGUUUUCUCUGUACAUUGCAAUGGGUGUGAAGAUAGUAUUUUAAUAUUUGUAUAAAGUUUAAUUUAAUUCUACAGUGUGUAUAUAACUAUUUCUAAUUAAAGCUUUCUUUUGAAGUGUGAACAACA